CAGAUGUGAUAUUUUGGGUGCCAUCCGUUAUCUGGACUUACUUCCCGCCAUACAACUAACUAUAUCCAUUACUUCAUCUUUUUGGUACUUCAUUAUAAACAUUUUGCUUAAGCAUCAUGCCAAAUAAUCUUCAGCCAUUCCAACCAGAUAAUUUUUUGUUAUUACAUCAUCAUCACCCUUCACGGGUAUCUGGGUUCGGAUUCUAUAGAUGGUGCAGAUGGAACAAGAAGAGAAGGGAUAAUUAUCGAGCUGUGGAGAGAGAUUCAGAGUAUGAAAUAGACCCUGAAGUGGCCCGAGAAGCUCUACGGAAGCUUGACCAACAACUUCAGAAACAAACCAAACCUGUUCCCAAACCCAAAGCUUCCAACCCAUAUGAUUUAAGAGAAGAAGCAACGACAAAUGUUCAAGAUACAGGAUCCUACCUACCAAUUACAUUCUUUGGACUUCUUAUAUUCACCAUAGUCUAUAACAUAAUAUUCAUAAAGGUAAUCAAACCAUCUAUAGAUGGUCCUCAAGCCGAACUAGCUCCUGUUCGACCCUCCCUUAUGAGAGAACUUUUGAAAGCCGAGUUGCUACCUUCAAUUCAACUCCCGCCAUCAUCAGAGGUUUUCAGGCAACCAUGAAGUUUCUUUGACUAGCAAAGUGAUGUCGUAUGAUGAUCGAAAAUAUUUUUAAAUGUUCUGUUAUGUACUGAAUUUGAAGAUGGUCAUACCCCUGAUAUAAACAAAUCUAAUAAGAAAACAGAAUGAUCAAAAGAGUAUGUUCAAUAAUAUUACAAAAGUAUGUAUGUAUUGGAAUUUAUGAAUGUGCCAUGUACAGGAAAAUAGUAGAAUCCGAGCUAUUAUCUUAUAUAACAAAUUGUUGUAACAAA